GCCUGCUCAUUCAUGCAAUUCCUAUGGUACUGAGCUAUGAAUCAAGUUUGUCAAAACCCAUAUUCUGUACUCGACCUUCAUGAAACCUUAUAAAAGCAUUUUGCCUGCUCCCGCCCAUUGGAAAGCGGCCGAUUCGCUAUUCCAGCAGUCACGUACGCCCUUCGACAAUUCCAGCCCGAUACCUAAGAAGCGAGGUCCUUUGACCAUUGUGGCAUGCUCUACGUGCCGCCAAAAACGUACGAAAUGUGAUGGCCACCGACCUGUAUGCUUUGCUUGUGCCGACGCGAGCUUCCAAGCUGCAGCAGAGUGCUUCUAUGACCUUGAACAAGGUGUCACUCGGCUCGCCGCUUUGAGAAAAGAAUACUGCGAGCUUAAACGUCGCGUUUCCCUCUUGGGAAUUUUUUUCCAAUUCCCCGCUUUGCAGUCCGCAGAGGCAAAGGUAAGGGUCAUCAGGUGGAUGAGGGAAAUCGAUUUAGAUCAAGAUGUCGACCACUUCCUUACCUCAGAUGGCCCCAAUCGACUCCUCCUAUCGAAACCUGGUCACGGUGAUCGCGAUGUCGAAGUCCCAAAAUUCAAGGCAACCGAAAGUUAUAUGGAGCUUGGGACUGUGUCCAUAAAUGAUGAAGUAGACAUCUUAUUCGAAGAUCUGUUUGAUAUCAUAGAGCCCCUUGACUGUUCGUCACGGCUAUCGGUGACUUCAGAGACGAUGCUAUUUAUUCUAAAGGCUGAGAUGGAAGACUGGCCUGAUGAAAUUCUCGUAAAAAACCAACAGUUGGAUUGGGGGGAUGAUUCUGACCCAGCAAUGUUCGAGAGUACCUCACUGUAAUAAGCUGGCCGUCGAGCGACUCGUUGGGACGAGGUCUUGGACGUAUUAUUACUCCUAAAGAGAAGAACAAAGGGAUAAUUUAAUUAGGGUUCUGUAUACACCG